GCUCGUGCCUCGGAGCCGGCCGCCGCCUCCGCGCCGUCCGGCGAGCCGGGCAUGGGCGCAGGCGUCGGCGGCGGCACGAUGAGCACCCUGGGCAGCCCUGUCCGCGCUUACGACUUUCUGCUCAAGUUCUUGCUGGUGGGCGACAGCGACGUGGGCAAAGGGGAGAUCCUGGCGAGCCUGCAGGAUGGCGCAGCCGAGUCCCCGUAUGGCCACCCGGCGGGCAUCGACUACAAGACCACCACCAUCCUGCUGGACGGCCGGAGGGUUAAGCUACAGCUCUGGGAUACAUCCGGGCAGGGAAGAUUUUGUACCAUAUUCCGCUCCUACUCUCGGGGCGCACAGGGUGUGAUCCUAGUCUAUGACAUCGCAAACCGCUGGUCCUUUGAUGGCAUCGACAGGUGGAUCAAGGAAAUAGACGAGCACGCCCCUGGCGUCCCUAAAAUCCUGGUGGGGAACCGCCUGCAUCUGGCCUUCAAGCGGCAGGUCCCCACAGAGCAAGCGCAAGCCUACGCGGAGCGGCUGGGCGUCACCUUCUUCGAGGUCAGCCCUCUGUGCAACUUCAACAUCACUGAGUCCUUCACGGAGCUGGCCAGGACUGUGCUGCUGCGGCACGGGAUGGACCGGCUCUGGAGGCCGAGCAAGGUGCUCAGCCUGCAGGACCUGUGCUGCCGCGCAGUGGUGUCCUGCACGCCCGUGCACCUGGUGGACAAGCUGCCGCUGCCCAUGGCCUUGAGAGGCCACCUCAAGUCCUUCUCCAUGGCCAGCGGCCUCAAUGCCAGGAUGAUGCAUGGCCGCUCCUACUCGCUGGCCGCCAGCUCCGCGCACAAGAGGAGCGGCCUCCGCAAAGUGAAGGCCGCCCGGCCACCCCAGAGCCCGCCCAAGCGCUGCCCCCGGAACAGCUGUAAGGUCUCCUGAAGACGGCCCGGCACAGACGCGGAGCAGCCCCACGCGGGGCGGACGGACGGGACG